AAAUCUGUUCUGAAUUUUAGUCCCGCAAAAUGUCCCCAACUCUAUCACUUCUGAGUCGCGAAGACUGCGAAAAAAUCCUUCACCGAAGUGUUGACUCUGGCCAACUCCUGUCGUACAAAAUCCGAAAAUUCCACGACGAUGUUGCGGGAUUUUUGGGUGAACACUACCAACUUACCCUCAAAUACAACACAAAAAAUACCACAAAUCAGUCAACUUACUUUAUCAAAGCUCUCCCAUUGGGCAAUCUCAACCAGCUCGACUACGUCCAAGAAUCAGGAAUUUUCCGAAAAGAAGUGAUUCUGUAUCAAAAUCUCUUAACUGAGCUCAUCAAAAUUGGAAAUUUUGGGCCCAAAUGCUACUUUAUUAAAGACAGUUGCAUCGUUUUGGAGGAUAUGAAAGCCAAAGGUUUUGAAAUGAUGCCAAAAGAGGAAUAUCUUGACGAUUUACAUUGCAUCGCAAUGUUGAAAACACUGGCAAAAUACCACUCUUCGACAAUUAUUUACGAAAGGAAAAGAAACAUCAAGUUGGACGAAAAAUUUCAAGAGGAGAUAAAAGAGACUUGUUUUUCGUUCAUUGAGGGCCAGCCGAGGCACAAGUGGUGUGUCUGUGUCACUAAAUGUGUGAACGAUUUAAUUAAAUUACUACCAAUUGAGAACUGUGAUGCGAUUUGUGCCAAAUUUGAGAAAUUUGUCUUCGAAAAAAUGCCCCAAAUGCUCGCUCCCUCGAAACAAUUUACUAAUGUCCUAACACAUGAUGACUUGUGGUGUAACAACUUAUUAUUUAACGAUAAACCAGAAUGUGUUUUUGUCGAUUUCCAACUAGCGAGGUAUACGCCCCCGGCCCUUGACUUCCUCAUCAGUUUGUUUCUGAAUCUUCAAUACUCACACGUCGAGGAAAAUUUAAGUAAGUUUGUGGACAUUUACUACUCGUUUCUUGUGGAAGCGCUGAAGAAAAAUAAUUUGGACGAAAGGGAAUUGUCUAGACGAGAGUUUGACGAAACUUUAGGUUUUUAUAAAUUGGCUGCACUGACUGAAACUGCCAUGUAUGCGACUCAUAUUUACGUUUCCGAGAAAUUAUCAAACGAAAUUGUAGCCGAUUUCCACAGUUAUAACGAAUUUUCGUUCAUUAAUCGGAGCAAAUUCGCUGUUAAAGAAUUUCAAGAUAAUUCGCAAUACCGGGACCGCCUUUGUGGGAUUUUAAAACCACUAGUGGAGGAAUUAAAUGGCGCGCCACCAUGCCGCGACUUAUAAUUAACCAAUAAGAAAAGAGUUAUGAAAUAAAUGUUUUAUUUAGUCUUUUUUGA